AUGGAGAGUUCUAGUUCAAGAGGACGAGAAACAUCAGACAAUCUGAAACCAAUUGUGUUGGCUCUCAAAGCUCCGAAGAGGACCUACAGCGACGAUACCACGAAGGGCCAGAAAAGACAGAAACAACAAGAACAUGAAAAGGAGGAGACAGGAAAGAGAAAAUGUGAAGCGACAACACAAGACCAGCAUGAUGAAGAGCAGAAGAUAAAGAGAAAUAAGAAUACUGAUGAGCAAGAAGAAGCUGUAGAUACUGCCCAAGAAUGUGAGAUAAAGAAAAGAAAGAGAGAUCAAGAAGAAACCAUAGCACUCUCACUAGAAGAGGAGGAAAGACUAGCAGUGUUACUUGAAAAGAAGAAGAAAAGGAAGAGAGAAGACGAAGAAACCUUAGCACCCUUACUCGAAAAGAAGAAGAUGCAGAAAGAACAAGAAGCAGCAGCACUAUUAAUAUUGAAAAACGAAAAGAAGAGGAGGGGUGCCUGA